AUGCCGUUCUGGAGGCGCAGCGACUCCUACAUCGGCGCCUUUGUCCAGAGCGCGAGAAAGAGGUACGUCGAGCAGACGGCCAAGGCGUGCAAGACGGCGCGCGCGCGCUCGGCGAAGCGCCGAAAGACGAACGAUGAGACUGUAACCACUUUGGCGCACGGGGACGUCGACCACGCGGACGCCUACGCACGGCUGUACGGAACGCGCGAGGGAGGGAUGAAUCGCAAAGUCAUGACGCCCGCGAUGUGGUCGCUGGCGUCGAAAAACGAAUACGCGACGAACGACGAGCUGUAUCGCGGCUUGCCGCGCCCGGACGAGACGCGGGACGCGCGAAAGCAGCGUUUGGACGAGUACGUCGAGGGAUUGCGAGCGAAGGCGGCGGCGGAGUGGUUUCCAAACAAGAAAAAAGCGCAGAUGUGGCUAUACGGGUCCGCUUUUAAGACGCACUUUACCCUCACGUUCGAUAGUGCUUUCGAUGCGAUCAAAGUGCUCACUGAGUUGAGCGCGCCGUUUGAAUCAGAAGAUGAGCGGACGAUGUUCGAACUGGAACUGUGCGAAGCUAUUCUGAGUCCCAUCGCCGAUGAGGGUAAAAUGCCGGAUGGAUUCGGUGACAUCGAGAUGAUGUCCGACUCAGGAUGGUUUCGGUUUCAAAGGAAGGUUGAACGUUUGUGCCUCGAAGCUCGAAAGUUGUUCAAUGCUAAAAAAGUGAGCGAUAGUAAAAUGUUCGAGUUUCUGAACGUGUUUGAACGUCUGAACGACGUCUUUUGGAUUUUCGGCCCGAACGAGGAGAUUUGGCGAGGAUGCUUGAACGCGUUGCAAGCGCCCGACAAGUUUCGGUAUGUGUUCCAGGAACCCAAGGAUGAUUCCACGCCUUAUUCCUUACACGCCGGGACGUAUUAUUGGGAGAUGAUGGGAGGCACGGGCUUCGAUAAAGCGAUACACGGCGAUAAAGACAGCGAAGGAUACAAAGCGUUUAUCGAAGAAUUUAGGGCCCAGGCGCGGGAGAAGCAACAGAGAGAGAUGGAAAAACGAGAAGAAGAAGCUAGGAAAAGGAAAGAGGCUGAGUUGAGAACGCAGCGCGCACGUCUAGAACGAGAACGAGAACAAGAACGAGAACGAGAACGAGAACGAGCGAACCAGACGAAGAAACAGCGUGAGUACGCUGAAUGGGUGUACAGAGCAACGGGGAAAUAUCCCGUCGGGUACGAAGCACCACCCGAUCAAAAAAUCGCGGCUGUCGUCCCCGUUGCCGAAGAGAAAGAUACAGGCGAAGUCCUCAUCACCGCGGAAAAGAGCUUGGACGACGUCCUCUGGACGCGUCGGCAAAAGGCAAUUGGCGCCGGUAACUAUAUUUCCAUAGACGAAUAA